AUGAGCGUGCAGAACCUCAACACUUUCGACCCCUUCGCAGACGAAGGAGAUCCUCUCAGCAGCAGUGCCGACGUUGGGUCUCAGCAGAACUACAUCCAUAUCCGUAUCCAGCAACGGAACGGCCGGAAGACCCUGACUACUUUGCAGGGCUUGCCCAAGGAGUAUGAUGCGAAGAAACUUCUGAAGGCGUUCAAGAAGGAAUUUGCCUGCAACGGAACACUCGUAGAUGAUGAGGAGGCUGGACAAGUUAUCCAGCUCCAAGGUGAUCAGCGACUCAAGAUAUCCACGUUCCUCGUCGAAGAGGGUAUCCCGAAGAUCACCAUCAAGGUGCACGGGUUCUGA